AGGAGAUAAUCGAAAAGCAGCACAUGCAUGGGCGUAUCAGUCAAGCAACAAGGUGACUGGCAUGCAUGUGCGAAUCUGAGUACCAAGAGCGAGAGCGAAAACUACCUAAUCAUACUUCCCAUCAUCAACCUUUAACCUUGAGCAUGUCCAUUGUGCCUUCCUGAGUUACCUGAGGUACAACACCCGUCACCACAUGCACUUCCUGCUUCUGCUUCACCUUCACCUUUACUUUUACCUCCACCACAUACCACAUGUCACUUCACUUCACUUCACUCCACCCCUAAUUCUCAACUUAACCAGUUACUCGAAUCUGGAGCCUCUACAUCUAAUCGUGUGGAUAUCACCACUCACCCAGAAACCAAGUUCUUCAAGGCUCAGAGCACUUCCUGCUAAGAUAUAUGACUGUUUUUUCUCCCUUAUUCUGUCAGCCUAUAAACGCAUGAGCCACCUCAAUAUCUUGAUCUCUACUCAUCGGUUCAAUCUAUUACCCUGAGUGACUAUUUCCCAGUCCUAUUUACUCGUUUUCCAGCUGGUUUCCCAUUUUAUAAGUUGUUCUCCUGUCUCAAUAUUCGUCCU